AUGAUUGAGAACUUAUUCAAAGGGGUUAUUGGUAACGGUUUGCAUACACGGUUCUGGCUCGAUUACUGGCUCGAGGAAACACCGCUGAGGUACACCUUUCCAAAUCUGUUUGCCUUAGAAUCUAACAAGGGCUGCACUGUUGCAGCCCGUUUAUCUGCUCCGGCAAGCGACAGUUGGAAGUGGCUGGCUGACCCAUCUGGAACUUUUACAACAGCUUCAUGCCGUGACCUGUUGGCUGCAAAUGCAGCUCUAUUUCAUCCUUUCAAGUGGUCAUCUUGGGUACCAAAGAAAGUAAACAUAUUAGCUUGGCGAGCGGAACAAGAUAGGCUGUCAACAAUGGAAGGUCUUAUCAAGAGAAACAUCGUUAACUCCUCUCCAUUGUGCAGCCUUUGUGGAGACUAUCCUGAAAACGCUGAUCAUCUACUAAUUCAUUGUUAUGUGGCUUCAAACAUAUGGCAAAAGGUGGCUGAAUGGUGCAACAUCUCCCCAAUAUUCGCUUUCAACAUCCGGGAACUUUUGGAAAGCAGCAAGAUAAAUGGACUCAAAAGAUCAAAGAAAAAGGCUUUAUACGCAAUCAUACUAACAACAUGUUGGAUCAUCUAG